AAGAGAACGGGAUACCAGAUUUUAGUACAUGCUAAAAUGGCCGCGCCCAUGAACUGAAAUGUGAACAUAAAAAUGGCAUUUGUUUUUAAAUUUUUCAAAACUGUGAGGACGCAUUGGAAAAAGUCCAUCGUUUUCACAGCCAUUGGUGUUUACGGUGUGAAGUUUGGUAUAGACAGAUAUGAAGAUGAUAUGUUAAGGAGACAGUACUGUGCAGAAGCUAAGGUAUACGGUGACCAGAUAGCACAAUUCGGAGGACCCAAUCGGAAAAUAACUGUCUUCUUAAAUCCUGCUGCCAGUGGAACGGAGAGUAAGAAGCUGUUUGAGAAGAAUGCUGCUCCAAUAUUGUAUCUAGCAGGACUAGAGGUGAACGUUGUUAAGACAGAGUAUGAUGGUCAGAUCAAGGAGUUUUUCAAGCUUUUAGAAAGAAAACAUGUGGACGGGGUUGUCGUUGCCGGGGGUAACGGAUCUCUCCUGGAGGUUGUUACUGGUAUGAUGAGGAAGGAGGACAAGGAGUUUCGACAGAAGGUUCCAGUUGGUGUUAUACCAACAGGAAAGACAAAUAAGUUUGCUACAUUCUUCUUUGGUUCUGAUAAACAGAAAGUCAGAAGGAUGUUAGAUUCUGCCAUGGCAGUUGUCAAAGGUGCUACACAAAAGAUAGAUGUUAUCAAAAUACAGGGAGAGGAUGGAAGGUCAACAUUUGCCCUGUGUAGUUUGGAGAUGGGUGGUUACAGAGAUGCAAAAGAGAAAACAUCGAAGUAUUGGUAUCUAGGCCCACUAAAGCACAGAUUUACCUACCUUUGGUUUACGGUGAGGAGCUGGCCACCUUCAGUUAGAGGUACAUUGGAAUAUAUGGAGGCCAAAGAUACAGAUGUGCCAAAACAAAAAGAAAAGAAGGAAGAACCACAGAAACAACAAGAAAGCUGGAUGACCAGUCUGCUGUAUAUGAUAACUGGGUCAAGGAAACCGGUCCAGAUCAUAGAGUCAGGCCUGAAUGAGUCCACGGACAGAAGGAUGCGAACACAAUUACAGAAUACAGAAUGCUACAAACCAUACCAGCGCAUUGCAACGUACACUAAUGGUACAACUUUGCUGAUGGUGACGUUCCAGAUUUUAGCAUGCUCAAAACUUCCCACAACAAUGAAGGGUGUACAGAUGGGCCUUGGACCUGAGGAGAUAGCUAAGUCUGAUUUCAUUACAGAGGGAUGGAAAAGACUUCAAGAUCCUGUUUGGUCAGUAGGCAGUGAUGCAAAUCAACAAACCCUUUGUAGAAAGGUGAAAUUUACACCAAAAGUCAAAAAGGGUACAGAGUUGUGGUACUCGAUAGACGGUGAACAGUUUGAGGCCCUGCCAGUUGAAGUUUCUUUAAUGAAAAAUAAGCUGAAUGUAUUUACUAGUGAAGACAAAUCCCCAAGCUGAUCAAUGUGUGGCAUAGAUUUUUCAAAUUUUAUGUGGGGCAGUCAAGGGUUUGCAUCCUGGAAAUGAUUAAGGACAUGAAGCUAGUGAUUUGUAUUUACGAACCAUUUGUGACAGUUUCUGUGUUGAAAUAGCCGUAUAUUUCCCUGAAUGGUACAUCUAACUGUCUACCUCCCUAUAGUUUACUUUUACACUGCUAAAUUUCUAGAAUGGAUUGGUCCAUCAUUCAGUUUGGGCAAGCAAACUUUGCCAAUUCAAAAUAUUCUGUGCAUGGCCUUGUUCUAUGUUUGACAUUUGUGCUGUUGCUGAAUUGAUUUAAGAAAUAAUAAGUUCCCAAACGUGGUUUAUCGUAGAAUAACCCGAGUUUUGAGUUCUUAUGCGUAGAAAUAUAUCACGAAGGCCUAUGGCCUUCGUGAUAUAUUGUUUUGCAUAAGAACAAAGAACUCAGGUUAUUCUAAGAUAAAUCACACUUGGGAACUUGUUAUUUCGAUUCUAACAUGACAUACUAAUAUAAACAAUGCUAGAAAAAAUGGUAACUACUUUUUACCACCGUGCUACGCACCUGGAUCGGAUGACAUCAUAGCAUGCAAGUGGUUUAUUGCAGAAUAACCGCAGAUAGAUUUUUCUCUACAUGUAUGUAGGUUAUUUGCUGGUCGUGUUAGAAUUUUAAAUAAUUGUUAAGUUUUUAUAUUUUAAAGCAAGUCUAUAAUUAUGAAAAAUAAAAAUUAUCCCUUGUGAUGUUAGUGAUUCAAAACAUUUAUUUCAGAAAUUUAAUUCAUAAUAUCUGAGUAAUUCGAACUAAGAGCAUGUACAGAAAAAUGUAAUGUACUUGAUGGUGAACAAAACUCUGCAAAUAUAUCAUAUUGUUUCGAAUUGAAAAAAAUAGCAGAAAAAAAGAACUAGCACAUUCAGAACCCCAUACAGUAGCAGGAUAUUUUUAUUCCAAAUUUAGGAUCUUUCUCCCCCAUAUAAAUUAUGUUAGUGUGACUCUAAACAAAAUAUUCCAAAUUGAAUAUUAUCUUGGAGUGCACAUGUGUUAUUUAACUGUUACAGUAAUAACUAAAGCAACUUGGUAAGAGGACAAAAUUGGUAAUGGUUAUCAAUGUCAUUAUUAAGCUAGCCGAUUUUGAAACAUGAAUUUUUCAGGUCAGUUAAGUACAUAGAGAAUGGUAAAUCAUUUCAUAGUCUGUUCCCAUGAUUGUUCCAUUUUAAUGAGUAAAAAAAGUUGAUUCAUCUAACUUGUGCCAGACUGGUUUUUAUAUUGAUAGGUUGUAAAUGGCAUUCUAGGACUGUUCACACGCCCAACUUUACUGGGAGUUUCUUCGUAAGUGUCCACCCACGGAAACUGAAAUUGUUGUGCCACGUUUUUUCUGUCUUGCAUAUUAACAACUUUACUGCUUUCAAACAUUUCAAAAUUUUGGUGAUUGUUAUAUCCCAGAGCUCAGAUAUUUAGACUGUAGAUGCUGUCCUGUCAAACAGCUUGAGAUUCAUUAUUUUAGUGAAACCUAGUAAAGUGACAAAAAUGUGAAAGGUUUUGAGUGGUUUUAUCAUUAAAUUAUGUAAGCUUGCUGAUUUCUAGAUAAAUUUAAGAUAAAGAUAAAUGUGCUUAUUAUGUCUCCCACCACACAGUGGUGUGGGAGACAUAUUGAUUUACUCCAGUCUGUGUGUGUGUCUGUCUGUCUGUUACCAAGCUUGUCCGCAAUCUAAGUUGAACAUUUCUCAUCCGAUCUUCACCAAACUUCAACAAAAUGUGUUUGCCAAUAAGUGCUCGGCCAAGUUCGAUAACUAGCCAAAUCGGCCUAGGCACUUCGGAAUUAUGGCCCUGGAUUUACCAAAAACACUCAGAUUUCUUGCACAGUUUUACCCCUAAACCGGCGCCUAUACUACUAGUAGUAUAGACGUCCUUUUGGUGUCAGGAAAGCACAUGCACAUGUGGAUUAAGUAAUCAGUAUAUAAAGACUGACUUACUAUUUACAUGAUUAGGCAGUUGUGGGAGACAUGCGCUUUUCUCAAAAGCAUCUCUAGUUUACAUAUGUUUUUUUUAAUACCCUUGCCAAAUGACAGUGUGUUCAUUUCCAAGGUUGUCAUUUAGAUUUAAGCAACAUUUUGUCAAAUACUUCACUUCCAUUAUACCCUGUUUGAGAUUUAUUUAAGGAACAAACAAGACAUUUACAUAGUUAGAUCCCCAGUUGAAAUGCAUGUUUUUUUUUAUCUUUUGCAUAAUUCUAGAACUCCCUACUUGAUUAUUUUAGUAGCCCCAGGUUUGAUAACUGGGAAGACUUUUGUGAAGUUUCAGAGUACAUUUUAUGGUUACUGAGAUAGAAAUUUUAUGCAAAACUUUAACCAUAAUUUGAUGCUGACGCCCUAUACAAAUUCAUUGCCCAGUUAGUAAAGUAUUACAGUAAC